AAAAUUCAUAGGACUAGUUGUUGCAGCCAUUACACUCUGCCGUAUCGGUGGUUUCUGCACAUUCAAUAGGAUAUUUUUGCCACAUUUUGGCAGACUCGUAUUUUUUCUGUUACCACGCGUCGUGGUAUCUAUUUUGUAUUGUAUUUUAUUAUUUGUGGUCUGUAAAGAGUGAUAUUUUUAUAUAUACACGUAUAUAUAUAGUAUAUAUAUAUAUAUUUAUCUGCCUACGACGAGCUCUCUCUGGCGAUCUCUGUGCUUUUGUAGAGAACAAGUCUGGACUUGUCGUUGAAGCUAUUUGAUAAAAUAAAAUAUUAUUUGUAAAGUAUUUAUUUAUUUAUUUGUAAAGCAACUACGCACUUCGUUUAUUAUAAACAUGGAUCAAGUAGGAAUCACUGUCAAAGAAGAAACAGAUUCUGUUUGGAAGAGUCCAUGGGGUGCUCCCAACAAAGUGAUGAGCCCCUGCUCUCUUGCUGAUGUGAUGAGUGAACAGCUGGCUAAGCAACUGCAGCUUGAUGAGGAGAACGUAGGUUUCCCAAGCAAUGUUGAUGUUAAUGAACCUCUCAUUACUGGAGAUAACAUUGACACAGCCAGUGACCUGAUGUUGGCUCAGAUGAUGCAGAUGGAAUUUGACCGGGAGUUUGACACGCAGCUCCGUCGCGAGGAGAAGAAAUUUAAUGGGGAAAGCAAAGUGUCUGUUUCCUUUGAGAACUAUCGAAUGGUGCAUCCCUAUGAUGACAGCGACAGCUCCGAGGAUGAAGUUGACUGGCAGGACACUUGCCAUGACCCCUAUAGACCUGAUAAACCUACUACCACUCCAAAGAAGGGCUUUGUAGGGAAAGGCAAAAACAUCACCACAAAACACGAUGAAGUGGUGUGUGGCAGAAAGAAUACAGCGCGAAUGGACAAUUUUGCACCUGAAGUCCAAGUUGGAGAUGGGGUUGGAAUGGACCUAAAACUUUCUAACCAGGUCUUCAAUGCCUUAAAGCAACACUGCUACUCUGAGCAACGCCGCAGUGCCAGACUGCAUGAAAAGAAGGAACAUUCAACUGCUGAACAAGCUGUGGAUCCAAAGACACGUCUGCUGAUGUACAAAAUGGUAAAUGCUGGCACCCUGGAAGCUAUCAAUGGCUGCUUCAGCACAGGAAAAGAGUCUGUUGUUUUUCAUGCUAAAGGAGGAAGCAUUGAUGACCAAGCGGUCCCAGAAGAGUGUGCAAUCAAAGUUUUCAAAACUACUCUGAAUGAAUUCAAGAACCGGGACAAGUAUAUCAAAGAUGAUUACCGAUUCAAGGACAGAUUCAGCAAGUUGAACCCUCGAAAGAUCAUCCGUAUGUGGGCUGAGAAGGAAAUGCACAAUCUGGCCAGAAUGCAAAAGGCAGGAAUCCCUUGCCCGGAAGUGGUUAUACUUAAGAAACAUAUUCUGGUCAUGUCCUUCAUUGGAGAGAAACAAGUCCCAGCCCCAAAGCUGAAGGAGAUAAAGCUCAGUAGUGAAGAUAUGAAUCAGGCCUAUUACCAGGUGCUACAUAUGAUGCAGCAGUUGUAUCAAGAAUGUAACCUUGUUCAUGCAGACCUGAGUGAAUACAACAUGCUUUGGCAUAAUGGGAAGGUUUGGCUGAUUGACGUGAGUCAGUCAGUGGAGCCCACACAUCCCCAUGGGCUUGAGUUUCUAUUCAGGGACUGCAGAAACGUCUCCUUGUUUUUCCAAAAAGUUGGGGUGUCUGAAGCAAUGAAUGAAUAUGAGCUGUUUAAUGCAGUCUCUGGCUUAAACAUUACAGCAGACAAUGAGGGAGAAUUCAUUGCUCAGAUUGAAGCUUUGGAGAAGAUGAAUGAAGAUCACGUACAGAAGCGUGGCAAAAAGGCUCCAUCCUAUCAUAGUGACGAUUGGGGGCCACUAAUGAAGAAUAGUGGUUGAUUUUUUUGUAGAGUUGCAGUAGUAAUCUGAUAAAGAUGGGUGUUUUGGAAUUACGUCUAUAACAAGAACAAUGAAUGGUUUGUAAACUGAGAGAUUAUGGAUUGUGUUAGGUGCCUGUUUUGAGUCUUGCUAGCUCUACAUCUCAUUUAAUUGCAAUGGUAGAAAAAUAAAAGUAUUUGAAAUUCUAAA